GCUACCACCUCGCCAGUUCCAGAACCCCCCCCCCCGCGCUCCCUUCCUUGCAAAGUCAAGACCCGGGAUCUGUGCGGCUGUGGCUCUGUGCGCAUCCAACUCACCUUCAGCAUCGCCGCUGGUCUUCUCUCGGCAGCUUUCCCGUUCGUCGCUAUGGAUAAACUGGCUGAUGCAAACUCGCAGUUUGCGCUGGAUCUUUUCCAAAAGUUGAAGGAAGCCCACCCAACCGGCAACGUUUUCUUUUCUCCGCUCAGUUUAUCGUCCGCACUGGCCAUGGUCGUCUUAGGGGCCCGGGGUAACACAGCCUCGGAACUCUUGAAGACACUUCAUUUUGAUGGUGUUGAAGACCUUUAUUCAGUAUUUCACACGCUCAAUGAUAAAAUUAACGGAAGCAAUGCACCUUAUAUAUUGAAACUUGCUAAUAGGUUGUAUGGAGAAAAAACGUUCAACUUUUUGUCUGAUUUCUUGACUAGCACCCAGAAUUUGUAUGGAGCUGAAUUAUCCGCAGUAGAUUUCUCAAAUGCUCCAGACAAGGCAAAAAAGGAAAUUAAUCAAUGGGUUGAACAGCAGACUGAAGGUAAAAUCCCAGAGUUGUUGUCUGGAGCAUCCAUCAAUCAUAUGACUAAAUUGGUUUUGGUGAAUGCUGUCUACUUUAAAGGCAACUGGGCAAAGCCAUUUAAAGAAAAAAAUACUAAAGACAAGCCUUUUAGACUAAAUAAGAGAGAAAAGAAGAAUGUGAAGAUGAUGUUUAUGAAAGAGAAACUUCCUUUUCGUUAUAUCCCUGAAUGCAAGUGUCGUGUGCUGGAACUGCCAUACAAGGGAAAGGAUCUUAGCAUGAUCAUCCUUUUGCCUGACAGCAUUGAGGAUAAUUCCACAGGCCUGGAACAGCUGGAGAAGCAGCUUACUUUGGAAAAACUGCAAGAAUGGACCCAGCCUGAAAAUAUGAAUUCCUGCAUGGACGUCUAUAUACAUCUACCUAAAUUUCAGCUAGAAAAGAACUAUGAUCUUGAAUCUUACUUUGCAGCACUGGGGCUAGUAGAUGUGUUUGACAGUGGCAAGGCUGAUUUGUCUGGAAUGUCAGGAGCUCAGGAUCUCCAUGUGUCUAAAAUUGUCCACAAGUCCUUUCUGGAAGUAAAUGAAGUGGGCACUGAAGCAGCAGCAGCUACUGCUAUACCCGUGGCUUAUUGUCGGCCCAUGGAGGAAAAUUUUAAUGCUGACCAUCCUUUUCUAUUUUUUAUCCGUCAUAAUCCAACAAACAUGAUACUUUUCCUUGGUAGAUUUGCUUCUCCAUAAAGAGUAUCAUAAGUCAUAAAACCAACUUCCAGCCUCCUAUAAUAUACAUGUUUCUCUGCCUGCUUAGGGGAAUUGUCAUGAACAAGUUGGGUUCCUCCACAUAUUUUCCAUCUUCAAUUUUCUUGAACUCCUGAGUCUGUUAACAGGUUUUAUGUGUCACUUUGCUCUGAAGGGAAGCUAUCUCUAAUCUAAGAUAUUCAGGUGUGUUUGACUGGAGUUCCUUUAAUUUCCAACUAGAUAGGAAUUCUUGGAAUUGUGGUUUGAGCUGUUUGGAAGCCACCAGGCAAGGGGCAGCUACUGUGCAUUGUAUUUGUAAAACGAAUAACACAUGAAUUAUUGGAAUAAAGUUGGCUUUCAUUCAGCAUAAGUGUCUUUGAUCCAGACUCCUUUGUUCUUGAAAAUCAUUGAUAAUAUAGAAUCCAGCUCAGUUCAAAUCCAAGGCAAACCAUUCAAUAUCACAGUAGUUCAAGUCUAUGCCCCAACUACUGGUGCUGAAGAGGAUGAAACUGACCACUUCUGUGAAGCCCUACAGCACCUUGUAGAAUUAACACCAAAAAAUGAUGUCCUUAUCAUCAUGGGGGAUUGGAAUGCUAAAGUAGGAACCGGAAUAACAGGCAAGUUUGGCCCUGGAGUACAAAAUGAAGCAAGGCACAGGCUGAUAGAAUUCUGUCAAGAUAAUAUGGUGGUCAUAGCAAACAGUCUUUUCCAACAACCCAAGAGACGACUCUACACAUGGACAUCACCAGACAGUCAACACAGAAAUCAGAUUAACUAUGUGCUCUGCAGCCAAAGAUGAAGAAGCUCUAUACAGUCAGUAAAGACAAGACCAGGAGCUGGUUGUGGCUCAGAUCAUGAGCUUCUCAUUGCAAAAUUUAGACUUAAAUUGAAGAAAGUAGGGGAAAGCACUAGACCACUCAGAUAUGAACUAAAUCAUAUCCCUGAUGAAUAUACAGUAGAGGUGACAAAUAGAUUUAAGGAAUUAGAUCUGAUAGACAGAGUGCCUGAAGAACUAUGGACAGAGGUUCGCAACAUUGUACAAGAGGUAGCAACUAAAACCAUCCCAAAGAAAAAGGCAAGAAAGCAAAAUGGUUGUCUGAGGAAGCUUUACAAAUAGCUGAGGAAAGAAAGGAAGCAAAAGGCAAGGGAGAAAGAGAAAGAUACACCCAGUUGAAUGUAGAAUUCCAGAGAAUAGCUAGAAGAGAUAAGAAUGCAUUCUUAAAUGAACAGUGCAAAGAAAUAGAAGAAAACAAUAGACUAGGGAGGACCAGAGAUUUAUUGAAGAAAAUUGGAGAUAUGAAGGGUUUCAUGCAAAGAUGGGCAUGAUAAAGGACCAAAUAGCAGGGACCUAACAGAGGCAGAAGAGAUUAAGAAGAGGUGCCAAAAUUAUACAGAAGAAUUAUACAAGAACAAGCUUAACAUUCCUGAUAACCAUGAUGGGGUGGUCACUGACCUCGAGCCAGACGUCCUAGAAUGUGAAGUCAAAUGGGCCUUAGGAAAUCUGAGCAACAACAAAGCUAGCGGAAGUGACAGUAUUCCAGCUGAGCUAUUCAAAAUCUUAAAAGAUGAUGCAGUAAAAGUGCUACACUUAAUUUGCUAGCAAAUUUGGAAAACUCAACAGUGCCACAGGAUUGGAAAAGAUCAGUUUACAUUCCAAUUCCACAGAAAGGCAAUGCCAAAGAAUGUUCAAACUAUCGCCCCAUUGCACUCAUUUCACAUGCUAGUAAGGUUAUGCUUAAAGUCCUACAAGCUAGGCUCCAGCAGUAUGUGGAUCAAGAACUACCAGAAGUACAGGCAGGAUUUCAAAGAGGCAGAGGAACUAGAGAUCAAAUUGCCAACAUACGCUAGAUCAUGGAGAAAGCUAGGCAGUUCCAGAAAAACAUCUACUUUUGCUUCAUUGACUAUGCUAAAGCCUUUAAUUGUGUGGAUCACAACAAAUUGUGGCAAGUUCUUUUUUUUUAAUACAAGUUUUAUUGGUGUUUUAAAUCCCCCCCCUCCACAUGGACACAAUUCAUGAACAGAGUAUUGAGAUUGUCUUAUCGUAUACAUUUCAAAAUAUUCAAAUAUAUUUUUCUUAGUUACAAUUUUUGCCAAAAUAUUCUUUUUUCCCCCUAGUUUUUUAUUCCUUUCCUAAUAUUUCCUUGAUCAUUUUAUUAAAUCACAUCUUUUUUCGCCCUUCGUUUUCUAAUUUCUCCAUUUUUAUUCAUAUUCAUUCCCUUUCAUUCCUUUUUUUUAACUAUUUCAAUUUUUAUUCUUCGAAUAUUUUUGGGGUUGUCUUUCCUCCAUUUCCUUUUCACAGCAAUCUUUUCUUCUCCUUACACUCCUUUCCCUCCCUCCUUUCUUCGUACCUCCUUUCUUCUCCCCUCCUCUCCUACUCCUUCUCUACUUCCCUUUCCCUUCUCCUCCUCCUCCCUACUUUCUCUCUAUCUAACCUUCUUUCCUACACUUAUUUCCCUUACCUUACCUCCUUUCCUCUUCCCUUUCUUCUUUCUCUCUCCCUCUUUCUCCCUUCCAUUUCUCUCCUUCUUAUCUCUCCAUUGCUGUAUCUAUUUUCAAUAUCUCUAAUGUCCAGACAUCUGCAAUUCUCUCAUUUAUUACACAUAUUUUUCAAACCUCCUCUCCUAUAUUUUAAACCUUAACAUUGUCUUCAUCUUAUUCCAUUUAUAUCAUAGUCAAUUAGUACAACUUUCCAUUUCUUUUUUCUUAAUAUUUCUAUUCAAGAUUCAAUACUUAUUAUUUUCUUCCAACAAUGUACAUCAUUUACUAACAUUUCAAUUUUAUUCCCUUUUACAUCUUAAAUUUCAAUCAUCUUAAUUUGUAAACCGUGCCAUUCCAAAUUUCCUCUGCUGGGUUUUCCAUUCUUUUAUAAAUUUAAAAUUUUUCUUAAUCAUCAACUUCAAUUUUUUCGCAUUCCAUGCAUUGUCCAACACACACAAAAAGAAAAAAAAAGAAAAAGAAGGAAGCAAAUCUAUCACUACUUUGAUUUCUUUUCUUUUAUUCAUUUUUCUCCUAUUUCUAACCAUUUUCUUUCAGUCUCUCCCAGAUCCCAUCUCUUAAUAUUUUUCUCCCUUUCUUCCCUUCUUUCAUUUUCUUCUUUCUCUCUUUCUUGUUUCCUCUUUUCACUUUUCUUUUACUCUUUUGAUGUACCCCCUCAAUUUUUCUCUAUUUCCUCCUCUUCUCUUUAAUCUUUCACUGCUAAUCCCAGUGUAAUCAUAUGUUUUUUCACUGUUUUUCUCACUUUUUAAAUUUUCCUUCUCAAUCUUUUCUUUUUCAUUCCCCCCCCCACCUCUUUUUUAAGGUCUUUCCCUCUCUCCAUUUUUAUUUUUUCACUAUUAGUCCCAAUAUGAUCAUCUAUAUUGUCCUCAUUAAUUUCUUUUCUAGCAUUAUAUCUCAUAAUUUCCUCAUUUUCUCUUUUUUUAUUUUUAAGCCAUAAUUCUGCUUGUUUAUUUCCAUUAAUAGACUCUCGGACCAUCAAAAGCAUCUCCCAGAAUUCCUCCCAAUUCUCCAUAUUUUCAAUACAAGGAGAAAGACUUUUUAAAUUUAUUUAUCUUAAUUUAUAUAUAGUCUAAAUUCCAGUUUAUUACUGUUGGAAGAAAUAUCCAUCUGGGUUCAGUUCCAAGUGGGGACAAAGACACUGGAAACAUGGAGGCUGCUUGGAAAGAUGGUUUAAUGGUGGUCAGGAUCACAUGGCUUGAGUUCCUGAACAGAAAAGGGCCCGAGAUCCUGUGUGCUCCCUGGUUUUAUGAUUUUUCUGAGCUUUGACCUUUCUGGGGCACAGGAAGAGUAUCCUGAUUGGUUGUCAGACUCCCAGGGGGUGGGGGUCUUAGCUAGCCUUGCUGGCUGUCUCUCAAGCUUGCUUGAGCCUUGCCAUGUGGUGAGUUUCAGUUGUAUUGUGUUGCAAAUCAUGGGGGGAUUGAGUGAGCUUGGUUGAAGCCUUAAUUGCCCAUUGACAAAGGUGGGGAGAAUGAGUGAGCUUAGCUGAGGCUUUUAAUGGCCCAUUGACAAAGGUGGGGGGGGGAGUCAGGAAGUUGCAGGGAGCUCCUUUGUCUUUAAAAUAUGUUUCUCCAUUUCUCAUCCAGGAAGGUAUAAUAUUCUGCUUUUUAAAAUAUUUCCUAGAAUAUUUCAUUCUUCUAGGAGGGGGGUGGGUGCUAAAUUCCUACAUUACUUUAACUUAGCCCAAAUUCAAGUCUCUUUUUUUUUUUUUCUUCUUUGUUUCUGGAAGAGUCCAAUUCCAAAAUAUUUUAAAACUGUUUCAGUUUAAGGAUCUGUUCCACUCCCCCUUUUUCUUUUACAAUCUCACGACAGCUGUUAAAACAACUUCUUCCUGAUUUUCCCAGUUGAUCUGGAUGGUGUGAUACUUUCUUUCCUCCAGCAGAUGUCUCUUUCCAAUUCACAAAUGCUUCAGCAACAAAAUGUUCGUUGUUAAUCCACAAAGUUUCUUAUUCCAUCCUAGUUCUUUUGUUAGCAAACGAUGUUUUCUUUCAAUUUCCUGUUCCUUUUAAUAUUUAAUCUCUUCCAAAGCCAAAUUAAAAUUCAGAUGGAAAGUCCUUUUGGGGCUUUAAUUACAAAGUUCCAUUUUACUUUUAUUUUCUUCUAUUUAUACUUCCACAUGCCAAUUUAGCCACUGAUUUCCAAUUAAGAACUUCUUUUAAGCUUUAAUAGAUUUUCUUCUUACCUAUGGUAUUGGCAAAUCACUUUUCCGGUAAGAAUACUCCGUUCAAUUGCCUCUCUUGCUCCAAUCUUUUGGUGUGGCUGCCCCAGCUUGUGACAGCUCUAAUGGCUGUUUUCCCAUGCCACAAAGUCAGAGGCUAAUGUCAGCGCUCCAAGGAAUUUGCCACUUCCCUGUUCGCACUGAUCCAUGCCUCCUUUCUUCGCUGUCUUUCCAAGACAGCUAUGGUCCAUGAAGGACCCCCAAAACGAUUGGAAUAUUGCCGUUCCUCCGGAGCCCUGGGGAAUCGCCAUCCCGCAGCGGCCUUGGCCAUGCCUUCUCUCCCCUGUGGCAAGUUCUUAAAGAGAUGGGAGUACCAGAUCAUCUUAUUUGUCUCUUGAGAAGCCUAUAUGCGGGUCAAGAAGCAAAGUGAGAACUGGACAUAGAACCACUGAUUGGUUCAAAAUUGGAAAAGGAGUCCGGCAAGGCUAUAUACUGUAGCCCUGAUUAUUUAACUUAUAUGCAGAGCAUAUCAUAAGAAAGACAGGGCUAGAUGAAUCAAAAGUUGGAGUUAAGAUUGCUGGGAGAAAUAUCAACAACCUCAGAUAUGCAGAUGAUACCACUCUAAUGGCAGAAAGCGAAGAGAAACUAAAGAGCCUCUUGAAGCGGGUGAAGAAAGAGAGUGGAAAAGUUGGCUUGAAACUCAAUAGAAAGGAAACUAAGAUCAAGGCAUCCGGCCCUCUCAAUUCCUGGCAAAUAGAUGGGGAAGAAAUGGAGGUAGUGACAGAUUUUAUUUUCCUGGACUCCAAUAUCACUGCAGAUGGGGACUGCAGCCAAGAAAUUAAAAGACGCUUGAUCAUGGGGAGGAAAGCUAUGGCAAAUCUAGACAGCGUACUAAAAAGCAGAGACAUCACUCUGCCAGCAAAAGUGUGUAUAGUCAAGGCUAUGGUUUUCCCAGUUGCAAUGUAUGGCUGUGAAAGUUGGACCAUAAAAAAGGCUGAACGCCGAAGAUUUGAGGCCUUUGAACUCUCGUGCUGGAGAAGACUCCUGCGAGUUCCUUGGACUGCAAGAGGAUCAAACUGGUCAGUCCUAGAGGAGAUCAACCCUGACUGCUCUUUAGAAGGCCAGAACCUGAAGAUGAAACUCAAAUACUUAGGCCCCCAGUGAGAAGGAAGGACUCACUGGAGAAGAGCCUAAUGCUGGGAAAGAUUGAGGGAAAAAGAGGAAAGGGAUGACAGAGAACGAGGUGGCUGGAUGGAGUCACCGAAGCAGUAGAUGUGAGCUUAAAUGGACUCCAGAGGAUGGUAGAGGACAGGAAGGCCUGGGGGAAAUGUUGUCCAUGGGGUCGCAACAGGUCGGACAUGACUUCACAAUUACAACAACAAUAGAAUCCAGAAAGUGACUUCUUUUUUGUUCUUAAAAAUGCAAAACAAUUUGGCACUUGUCUUAGUAAGUAUCUUAUGAGAAAUUAUGGCACAACUUUUCUUAUCAUUCAGUAAAAGCAGAAUUGUUCACAUAUUUCACUAGUGACCUUAUUUCACUAGUGACCUUAAUCUACCUUAAUCUACUUUUUGUCCGCAUUCUCUCUCCUCAGUAAAUCUGAACUACAUACUGUUGUUCAUCCUUCAGGCAUUCAUUUUAUUGAAGGCAGGUGUGAAAUAAAGAAAUUCUAAUGACA